AUGAUGACAGACGGAAAGGAUCAUGAUAUUACACUGGUUCUACUGGGCAGGAGAGGGUCAGGGAAGAGCUCCUGUGGAAACACCAUACUGGGCAGCGAGGUGUUCCAGUCAUUCUUGAGCACCACAGCAGUGACCACAGAGUGUGCGAAACACAGCACACACAUCCAGGGGAGAAAGGUCACUGUCAUCGACACCCCAGACUUCUUUGGUGACUUCCUUCCUGAUCCUGAUUUCCACGUGAAGAAAUGUAUCUCCAUGGUAGGACAAGAGUCCAGUGUUUUCCUCUUGGUCAUACAGCUGGGUCUGCUUACAGUGGAAGAAAAGAAAACCGUCAAGCAGAUCAAACGUACUUUCGGUAAAAUUGCUAAACGGAGCAUAAUAAUCGUGUUCAGUUAUGGAGACCAACUUCAGGUUCCCAUUAGGGACUAUCUGAAGAAAAAGCAGCCCCAACUGAAAGAUAUUGUGAGUGAAUGUGGUAAAAGGUACCAUGUGUUCAACAACACUGACACCAGUAGUGACACACAGGUCAUCGAACUGCUGGAGAAGAUAGACAGCAUGUUGGCUGAUGGCAAGACAGCAUCCAAAAGACACAAAUCAAAGGCAGAAGAAAGUGGCCACAAAUUUUACUUCAACUCUCCAGGCAAAAAGGUAGAAUGUGAAAGAAAAAGUACAGAUUUAAAAGAUUCCUCUUUUUCUGAGAAUAUGGAAGCUGCAAUGCUACAAGAUAGAAGAAGCAAUUCAGAUAUACCAGAAGCACAAAAAAAUGUAAACGAGGUCCAGUAUGGUAACAGCGUGAAGGAAAAGAUGGUAGAAGGCAGAAGAUGUGACCCUGCAGAGGCAAAGGGGAGUAACAGGUAUGUCAGUCUGUCAAUGUGCACAACCAGCAUCAAAUACAGAGCACAUGAGAUGAUCAAAAGCAGCUCAAAAGCAAACAGAGUAACACAUGAAGUGAAACUGGUUCUACUGGGCAGGAGAGGGUCAGGGAAGAGCUCCUGUGGAAACACCAUUCUGGGCGCCAAGGUGUUCCAGUCAUUCCUGAGCACCACACCAGUGACCAGGGAGUGUGAGGAACACAGCACACACAUCCAGGGGCGAAAGGUCACUGUCAUCGACACCCCAGACUUCUUUGAUGACUUCCUUCCUGAUCCUGAUUUCCACGUGAAGAAAUGUAUCUCCAUGGUAGGACAAGAGUCCAGUGUUUUCCUCUUGGUCAUACAGUUGGGUCGCUUCACAGAAGGAGAGAAGAAGAUAGUGACACAGAUACAAGAAGUCUUUGGCUUCAGCAUCAUGCAGAACAUGAUUGUUCUGUUCAGUUACGGAGAUGACCUGGAGGGUGUUAUCAUUGAGGACUUUUUGAAACAGACUCAACCAGAGCUGAGGGACCUAGUAGAGAAAUGUGGGAAUAGGUACCAUGUAUUUAAUAACAGAGACACCAGUAGUGACACACAGGUGAUGGAUCUCCUGGGAAAGACUGAGGAGAUGCUGGAAAAUGAAGGAACUCAAAUUUUUUUUUCAGUCCAUAGACCUGCAGACAUGAAACUGGUUCUACUGGGCAGGAGAGGGUCAGGGAAGAGCUCCUGUGGAAACACCAUUCUGGGCGCCAAGGUGUUCCAGUCAUUCCUGAGCACCACACCAGUGACCAGGGAGUGUGAGGAACACAGCACACACAUCCAGGGGCGAAAGGUCACUGUCAUCGACACCCCAGACUUCUUUGGUGACUUCCUUCCUGAUCCUGAUUUCCACGUGAAGAAAUGUAUCUCCAUGGUAGGACAAGAGUCCAGUGUUUUCCUCUUGGUCAUACAGUUGGGUCGCUUCACAGAAGGGGAGAAGAAGAUAGUGACACAGAUACAAGAAGUCUUCAGUGUCAGUGUUACACAGAACAUGAUUGUUCUGUUCAGUUACGGAGAUGACCUGGAGGGUGUUACCACUGAGGACUUUUUGAAACAUGCUCAACCAGAGCUGAGGACCCUGGUGGAGAAAUGUGGGAACAGGUACCAUGUAUUUAAUAACAGAGACACCAGUAGUGACACACAGGUGACAGAACUUCUCCAGAAGGUCAACUGCAUGCUGAAUAGACCAAAAGAGGUGUCACUGAAAGAGAUAAACCAAAUUCGUACGAAUUCCUCCACCUGUGCUUUCAACGCAAAUGAUAGAAUCAGGGAUGAGAAAAGAUACAUCCCAGAAACACAGGAGACCUCUAUCGCUGUUCAGGACUUUAGCCAUGUUGUCAACAAGAUGGAUAUUGAGGAAACAUCUUCUACCGUUCCAGAAAUUAAAAGAAGACCCACAGAUGUCCAGAAACACAAAGAAGAAUACCAACUGGCCACGGCUCCAAAUAUGAUGACAGCGUAA